UCCACCCACGCAUACGCCGUCGCGAUGCCCACCGACGCCGCCGCCUCGCCGUCGCCGCUCCUUCCUCCAGCGCCGCCUUCCGUCACCCGCCGCCGGCGCAGGCGCCUCGUCCCUUCGCCCAACCCCUCCGCCUCCUCGACCUCUACGUCGUGGACGUCCUCCUCCUCGUCGUCGUCCUCUUCGAGCCUCUCCUUCCCGUUCCCCUCCUUCUCGCCGGCGCCCUCGCCGUUCCACCACCGCUUCCUCUCCCCGCUCCGCGCCUCCGCGGUCCCCUUCUCCUGGGAGCACCGCCCGGGCAUCCCCAAGACCCCCGCGCGCCAGCAGCACCCGCACCGCGGCGGCGGGAAGCCCUCCUCCAAGCCGCCGCUGCCCCUCCCGCCCUCCCUCCUCUCCAGCAAGGUGGCCGCCGCCGACCCGGCCCUCGCAGGCUACCUCGUCGUCCCCGACGACGACACCAAGGCGGCGGCGGCGAGGUGGAGGCGGCGCAGGCGGAGGCUGCUGCAGCAGCGGCAGCAGCACCAGCGCCCGCGGCGACCGGCGCUGGCCGCGGCCCUGACCGACUGGCUGGCCGUGCUAAGCCUGUACCGGUCGUGCACGAGGUCCGUCGACUGCCUUGCCGACGCCGGGCAGCCGCCGGCGGCGAGGUCCGGGUGAGAAUUGAGCUACGUAUAUACGUACGUAUACGGUAUACCAAGUUUGGUCGCGUGGAUGGGUACUGGUUAUAAAAAUGUGAUUUCAGAAAUAAUCACGUUGUUUUCUGCAACAAAUUGUAAUUAAGGUGUCUUUCCGUAUCUGCAUGUGCUUGCUCCGAACAAUAAUUAGUAGAUUAAUUCGACAAGAUUAUUAGGUUGCUGACUAACAAUAUUUUUACUGCUGUUGUUACCGGUCAAAUUUGUGUGUGUGUGUGUGUUGAGAAAUGUUAUUGGUGAUCAAUUUGGCA